UGUAUUCAACAAAUUAUAUCCUAUCUCAAGAUCUAAACUAAUCUGAACUAGAUAGUCAACACACCUAUUACCAAAAGAACAUCCCAAGUUUUCUUUUUCGAGCAACUAAUACUUCUCAAAAGGGCAUUAGAAUUUUGCUAAAAUUUCCUUCCCCAUUAAUUUUGCUAAUCACCGUCUGAGAGUCACACUGCACUACCAUAGUCCAUGCAAGUUCAAUCCCUUUCUCGAUGCCCCAAAGUUCUGGCUUGUACGCCAAACAACUCCCAAAAUGAGAGAAACCUGCUGCCCAUCUUUCGUUUGCGUCUUGCAGCAGCUGGGUGCGUUUCCGUCCUUUGAGUCGUCUGUGUUUAGCGCUGUCCACCCUAGUGGUGGUGGAGUCUAACUAAUGUGGAUCUCCUCUCUUUUCUUGGUGGUUAUUAUUGUUGAAGAUUUUCAUUGCACUUUUGGGUUUGAUAAGCUGCAUCCCCGCUCAUUUACAUUGCAAAUUGGGAAGAUUUCACUACCCCCAAAUAGACAAACUCUUCUUUGAGCUUUAUAUGUAGGGAUGACAACACUUCCAAAUUGGUUGCAGAGCUCGGGGCGAGUUUUUAGCAGGUUUAGCGCGCCAUGCCCCCACUUAUCUGCGUUCUCCAUAAUUCCACCCAACGUAGAGCACCGUACCCUUCCGCUCUGGGCGUUCUCCCACUGAAUCAUCAACACUCCGAAAGAUUCAGAGCGUUCUCAGAGGUUAGCUCUUUACUCUUUCGCGAUCAUGGAAGCUUCGAAAAAGAAUGAGAUUAUCAUCAAGGAGGCCAACAAUCACUGGACUUUUUUGGAACAUAUUGAAGCACCUAUGUGGGUAGAUUUGACUAUUGAAGCUAACUCUUUUAGUGAAGAUAUAAAUGAUGACUGGUUCAACACAAGCCACCCGUUCCACCAGUGGUCUGCUCGGCAGCUGAAGGCUAAGUUCUCUCAUCCUGGACAGGAGAAAUUGACAUCAGAAGUAGUUGACUCAGAUGGACAAGACUCGCAGCAGGUUCCUUCUUCAGUCUCAAGGUCGAGGGGCAAACACUACAAUAGCAAGAAAUGGGGAGUUAUGAAUCUGAACAAUUUGUUAGACAAGCAACAGGGUUUGAGUAAGAGAUGCUUCCAAGCAAGUUCCAGUUUUGGUAAUGAGGUGAAGCCCAAAACAAAAUCUAAUGUUGGCCACCCAAAAGGAAUGUUGAGUGAAAAUUUAGGACCGAACUUUGAAAGCAAGGCAAGAGGAAAAGCUAAGUCUUCGGCCAGUUGCAGUAAGCCUGUGAUUGGAACAAAUUUUGUUGAUAAAAGGAGUGGUGAAAGCAGUACAAGAAGCACAAUCACGUCGGAGGACACUCAUCAACAGCAGAAAUGUAAAGUGGAACCUACUCAGCCUUGUGAUAAAAAUGGUAGAAGUUUGUCAGAUAGGGGUGUUGGUCUUAGGAAAAGUUGUAUAACAGACAGAGCCUCGAUAGUUCAGCAACAACAGAAAUCAAUGGAGGUAUCUAGUCAACCUUGUAAAAGUGGAAGUUCGUCGGCUGCAAGUGUUUGUCUUGGUAAAAGUUGUGUUACUAGAAGAACCUCCAGAAUGGAGGUUGCUGGUGAUAUAAUGCAAUCAAGGGGUCGUAAAUCUUCUUAUGGGAACUCUAGUGUUGGAUCAUCUUCAAUCCCUGGUUAUGAAGUUAAAUUUGUAUCAAAACACAUCAGAAAGGAAAUUGCAGAUGGGAAUGAUGCCGUUACAAUGAAUCUUGCAGAUAAGAAUAAUUGGAAGCCUGCUAAUGUAUCCCAGAGGCAGACAUCUACGGUUAAGGGAGCAAAAUCAAGUAACAAGCAGGGAAAUAGUGUCAAUUGUGCAAAACCAGCAUGCCUUAGAAAUACAAAAUCAUUGGUCCAAUAUCGGUCAAUACGUCAGACAUCUUUGAUGCCUGUUAACGGCAACAAAGAAGAUGCUUGUACUGGUGCUAAGAAGAAACUUGGAAAGAUAAAUAGUUUGACAGGCAAGGGAAAAGAGAAUGUUGCAAAUACUGUGACCUCAAAUCCAAAGUGCAUUGAAAAAGGUGUUACUAGUGGGCGCAUGUUAAAAGAUCUUAGAACUACGGAACGCUGUCAUCUGCAGAAGGGCAACACAGGCUCAGCUGCUAUGGCAAAUAAACUGGGAAAAGACAAUGAUCUACCUGAAGCAAAGAAUCGAACUAAUCUAGUUCGAAGGAUUUACCUACGAUAAGUGAGUUAAAGCUUCAUGCUAAUCCUCCGCAUAAUCUCUCUGUCUCUCUCAAAUUUCUUUUUAGGGACAGAAAAUUUUUUCAUGUUCAUGAAGCCUUUAUUACUUCGUGUCAUUAAAAAGGGAUCAAGAAAGGCCUUACCGUGGUAUGUGGUAACUUUUGUAUAUAAAGCAUGAAGAAGCUACUGUUAGUAUCAUGUCUAUGCAGCAAAGCUGGCACCAUUUCUUAUUUUAGUGACAUGGUAUACAUUUUGGUGCUGCUUACAGUCAUUCCGUGAUUCUUGCAAUAUUCUUUUUUGUAGUAGCACUUUCAUUAUACCAUAUAAUGCACCCAGGUGCUCCUACAUAAACUGCAUUUUUUCCAAUAUACCAUCGUUUUUAAUUUACCGAGGUGCCAUCGCUUUGCCAAGUUAGCACCUCGUAUAUUUUUUUUUCGUGUGCUGCCUGCGAGGCGCCUAAGCAAAACACGCAUUCCGUGAAAUUUUAGAACAGUAUAUAUUAUUGGAUGAGAAAUAUUAGACA